CCGCUUGCCCUUUCUGACGGCUUUAGUUCUAACACAGCCAUUGAUAAUGAUUCUUUAUGGCAGUCUCUAUUUUCAGUGAUUAUGCUUCAUAGAGUGUUUCAAACCCGUGCCAGAGGCAAGUCUUAUUUCCAGCGCUUGGUCACGAUUAGUUAUGGCCGUCUUAUCUGAAACAAAAAAACUAGGGCAUCCCCUAAUGAAUCUUCUCAGGCUAAAAGGAGUGCCCAUUCUGCAGCAAUUGCAUUUAGAGGAGAGGUUGCUCAGGACCUCAUUCAACAACUGGUGCAUCAUCAACGAUGGAACAACCGAACCCACCAUUGUCAUGGGUGUUUCCGGGAAACCUGAGGAACUUCUUGAAAUUGAGCCUGUUUUACGAGAUGAUAUUCCUGUCAUUCGGAGGUUCACGGGAGGCGGUACUGUCAUUGUUGAUCAAGGCACAAUAUUCGUGACCUUUAUAUGCAACAAGGAUGCUGUUCCUGGUUUACAGUCAUAUCCUCAGCCUAUCAUGUCAUGGAGCAGCCUAUUAUACAAUAAAGUAUUCAAAGGAAUUGGAGACUUCAAGCUUCGAGAGAACGAUUAUGUGCUUGGCAACCACAAAUUUGGAGGGAAUGCGCAGUCUAUCACCAAAAGUAGGUGGGUACACCACACGUCCUUCUUAUGGGAUUACAAGACCACCAACAUGGAAUAUCUCAAACUGCCCAAACGAGCUCCUGAAUAUCGACAGGCAAGGAGUCACCUGGACUUCAUAUGCCGCAUGAAGGACUAUAUCACAUCAAGGCCUGAUUUUGUUGAGAGAACAAUAGAUGCAGUUGGGAGCCAAUUCGUGCUUACAUCGACUGAGUUGGAAGAAGUUGAGAGCUCUUUAGAUUUGAAAUUUGAACCCUCGAGCAGGCUGCUGACAAGACUGGAAAUUGGACAAAAUGCCAUUUCCGAGUCCUCAAGGCCUGAUGAUAUGGCGUCUCAAUUGUUAUUGUGAUUGGACAACAUUCUUCAAUUGUAUUGAUAGUUAUUCAGACAUUGAGAUUUUGUGGAAUCACAUUUUUAUCUUAAUUUUAACUCUGCAUCUCUUCCUCAUUUUUGUCACUAAAAUAGUGAUAUGGAAUACCUAACAAUUUUAUGGAAGAUUUGCAAUUAUAUGAUAAAAUUAUAUAAUCCUCAAGUGAUUGUAUUUGUUUACCUUUGU